AUGCAAUUCUUCUCUUUGGCCGCAGUGCUAGUCUCGUUGCUGGGAUGGAUAGGGGUUGCUUCUUCACAUAACAUUCUCCUCCGCGCACACUCGAGAGAAUGCUUCCAUGAGGUCCUACGCAAGGAUGACCGUAUGACCGUCACCUUCCAAGCGGGUGACAGAGAGUUUGGCGGCAGCGGGAACCUCGACGUCAGCUUCUGGGUUGAGGAUCCCUCCGGCGCGCGGCUGUACAACAAAUACUCCUCCUCAGACGAAUACUCUUUCACAGCAAGCCGUGACGGCAAAUACGUCUACUGCUUCGGCAACGAGGCCUGGUCAUCGAAUAGUAAAGAAGUCUCCUUCAAUGUCCAUGGAGUGGUCUAUGUCCCUGAAUCAGAAGUGCCCAUCGACCCCUUAGAAGCUGAAGUUCGCCUCCUAUCUGAGGAACUGUCGCAGGUUAAAGACGAGCAGUCGUACAUUGUCGUUCGGGAACGCACACACCGCAACACCGCCGAGAGCACCAACGGCCGAGUAAAAUGGUGGAGUAUUUUCCAGCUGGCUAUUAUCAUUGGCGAGGGCAUUUUCCAGGUCUGGUGGUUGAAGCGGUUCUUUGAGGUUAAACGCGUGGUUUGA